CUGGUGGCGAAUGGCACGCUCCCGAACAGCUACAAGGCGAAGGCGCUCAUCUGCACGAUCCCCCUGAUGCUGCCGCUGGUGGUGUCCCGUAUGCCCCCGAGCAGCUUCGCGGUGAAGACGCCCUACUGCGCGAACCUCACGCUGCUUCCGCUGGUGGCGACCUGCCUGCGCCCGAAGAGUUUCCUGGUCUGCGCCAACGAGUCCCACUGCAUGAACACGAGCUUCCUGAUCAGCCUGGCGAUCUGCACGACUUCGCUCCUGACGAGCUUCAUGGUGAUGAUGCCCCUCUGCACGGACCCGCUGCUGGCGUCGCUGGUGGCGAACAGCAUCGUCCACCAGUUCUGCUGCCCGCACCUACUCCCGAAGAGCCUCAUGGUCCCGAAACCUCUCCCCACGCACCUGCUGCCGUCAUUACUGGUGCCGUUCAACUGUUUUUGCGUCAUGGCGUCGCCGAUCCUUGGCACGCGCCUGAUGAACAUCCGGGCCCACGAGUCGUACUGCAUGAACACGGGCUUCCUGGAGGCGACGGCCUUCGCCAUAUACCUGCUGCUGCCAGCACUGGCGGUGAUCUUGCAGUGCGGCCGCUGCGCCGAUUCGACAGGCGGCGCGACCAUCCUUGUGAACCCG